AUGCCUAUCGAUGAAGAUACUGUUCACAAACACUUAAGAUCGCUAAAAACAAAAAAAGCAAUUGGUCUCGAUCAUAUAUGUGCGCGUCUUCUAAAAGACAGUGCUAAUGUGACUGUCCCAUGCCUAACUCACUUGUUUAACAAAUCAUUAUCUUCAUCGAAAUUCCCAACG